AUGCCCGAGUCGACUCGACGGUAUCUGCUUCGUCCAGUCGAGCCGUAUCUUCCUCUUCCCGAGCUCGAGUCGAUUCGACUGCUACGUCAGAUCUUUCGUCUCCUAUCCGAGUCGGCUCGGACUUGUCCCUGGUACGAACCAGUUCAGACUAUUCCCCUCCCAUCCGGUCGAUUCGGACAUGUCACUCCUCGCCCGACUCGGUUCAGACAACUCGGUCCGCACCCGGGUCGACUCGAACGCAUCUUCAUCCGUAUUACCCUCUCCUUCAUUCAUCGACGUGCCCAGUCCGCGUUUUCCCUCGCGAGUACGAGCGGAUGGGAGUUUAGUCCAACGGGGAGCGCGCCUCUCACUCGAGAUAGGAUCGUUCGUUUGGGAAGUGCGCGCGUGAUUCCGAGUUGGAGUUUGGGUUCGGGUUCGGGUUCAGGUUCGGGGUUGGGGUUGGGUUCAGGCUCGGGUUCGGGUUCAGGCUCAGGUUUGGGAUUGGGCUCGGGUUCUGGAUCGGCCGAGGUCGAGAUGUGGGAGUGGACUUCGGACGGGAGCGAGUGGCAGGGAAGAGAGUCGAGGGGAGACGAAAACGAAACGCAGUAUGAAGAUGCGCUUUCCCAGUUUCAUUUUCCGACGUUGGAAGAGAGCAGGUGGGCCUAUCGUGCGGCUGGCGUUGGCAUUGACGUUGGGACUGGCAUUGGGACUGGGGCUGUGGAGAAAGGCGGAACGGGAACAGUCGAGCGGAACGGGUGGAUGGUGGCGCAUCCGGCACUAGGCGAGUACGACCAGCAACAACAGCGCACGGUGCGGUUUCCGUUUCGGUUCAUACUCGAAACGGUACUAGGGAUCGAUCCUGCGACGCUCAAUUUGCUGGAACGUGGGACGCACGAGCCCGAGUCUAUUUCAGACACGGCGAUAUUUGGAACGGCGACGGAUGCGGGAAUCACAGACGAGGAUAUGGAAGCGAUCGAGCGGAGCGAACGUAUGGUGUGGCCGUCAUUUUCGCUGCUUUGCGUCUGGGCUGCCGCUGGCCUGGGGCUUCCGAGCUCGAAAUGGCGCGUGGGACAGAGAUAG